AUGGGUGAGCGGGAUUUGCCCCCAAAACGGACCUAUCCGCGCGCGAGAAUGGUUGGAGAUGGAGAUGGAAAUCAUGCAGGUGAAGGGAAGAAGAAGAAGCCGUUUACCUGCAUGAUGUGCGCCAGGGACUUCAGUCGGUGGGAUGACUGGCUGCGUCACCAGCAGACGCACCACCACCCCUCACCACCAUGCACACCACCAACCCCAGAAAAAAGGGUUCACCUGCCCAACCUGCGGGCGGGUGUUUUCCCGACGGGAGCAUUUGGUGCGCUGCCAGCGGGAGCAUGGAAAAAAACAACGAGCGUGUGUGCGAUUGCCUGUGGUAAAACUUUUUACCGAUUGUGGGACUGGCGUGUCCAUCAACGUGGGGAACACAGCCACAAGCCGCUUUCAUCGCUACAACAAACAGCAGUCAGAAAAGCAGAAAUUGUAAGUGCACCUCCUGAAGAGUAA